AUGAGCCCACAGAAACUACAGAAAUCUGGACAGAUCGCGGGUCACCUGGCCUCCCUCGCUCCCCGUCAGGUUCAGCAUCACUCCCACCUGAAGAGACGGAGGUACGACGGCGUCUGCUUCACUUUGAGGCGAGUUUUCACCAUGAGGUCCCUGAUCAAGCUCAUCCUGAUUCUGUUCUGUGUCCAGAGAGGACAAGGCCGCUGGCUGAGAUCUUUGAUCGAACUCGUUUUCUGGGCUCCAGGUCAUCAGAAGCUGGAAACAGCAUCCACACACUCCUCUGAUGAGGACAGGAGGAGCAGACAUCCAGCUGUGGAGGACGCUCAAGUGGAAGCCUCCUUUAUCCCCGUCACCCCGCUUCGGACUCGCCGCUCCCCCCUCGACUCUCACUGCGGGCUGCGCUCCGUCCUGCUGCAGGUUCGAGACCUGGGGCUGGGCUACGACUCGGACGAAAGUGUCCUGUUCAAGUACUGCAGCGGGAGUUGCCCCCACACCCGCUCCAACCACGACCUCACCCUCAACAACCUGCUGCUCAGCGGCCUGCUCCCUCGCCCUCCGCCUGGGGAGGUGUGGCACAAGGCGCCCUGCUGCAGACCCACCCACCACGAGGACAUGGCCUUCCUGGAUAACUCCCACCGCUGGCACAAGGUGGAGAAGCUGUCGGCGGCGGGCUGCAGCUGUGUGGGCUGAUGAGUGGGGAGGUGAGAGGACAGGCCCAAACCAAAGACAUCCGAAAGGGUCAAAGGGCAUGAGAUGAAAGGAAAAUGUUACUUUUUCAGACACUUUGACAUGAAAAUCUGAGGAAUUCAGGUCUGACUGACACUAUGACAAAAAAGCUGAUGACCUGCAAGACUUUUUAGUCACACUUUGGCACAUUAAAAUGAGGAUUAGUGGAAACAUGAUACAGAAAAAAACAACUGAUUUUUGUUUAAACAAAGAAAAAAAAA